GUCAAGCUAUAUUGCCAACAAUUUUAGCCACUAUAGUCGACUCCUGGGGCAAUGAGACAACCUGCAGGAUCUUGAUGGAUACUGGUUCGACGAUAACGAUGGUCUCCGAGUCGUUUAUUCAACGGAUAGGGCUGUCGCGCACGCAUGCUCGUAUACCAGUUGUUGGCCUAGGUGCAAGCCCGGCUGGCGUUACUCGAGGUCGCGCCACGUUCACGCUGCUCUCGCGCACAAGCACAACAUCCGUAGUGGUAACAGGUCUGAUUAUGAGUACUUUAACAUCCUCGAUUCCAGCACAGAGGAUUGAGUCGAACACCCCGAUGUGGGGAAAGAUUUUUGAGCUACCCUUAGCAGACCCUACAUUUGGGACACCAGGUGAAAUCGACCUGAUUUUAGGAGCUGAUCAACUUUGGAACAUAUACACUGGAGAACGCAAAGAGUUUGGUUUCGCAUAUCCUAUUGCACUUCAUACUAAAUUUGGUUGGGUCAUUACAGGCAGUUACCAUAUCGGUAUUGAUGAUUACACCCACGCACUAGCUCAUCAUGCUCACGAGGGUCUGGAUACUUUAGUCCGAUCGUUCAUGGACAUGGACCAAGUUCAACCAAGUAGCGCUACCAUUGACGCUAGUGAUCCCGCUGAACAACACUUCGUUCAAACGCAUUCCCGCAGAGACGAUGGAGUGUACGUCGUCCAAUAUCCAUUCAAGGAUUCCGCUCCGCCGAUGGGAUCCACAUUGCCGCAAGCCAUACGCCGCUUUUCUUCUCUCGAACGGAAAUUUCGAAAGUUUCCGGCACUCAAACAACAAUAUGUCGACUUUAUGGAGGAUUACUUACAACGAGGACACAUGGAGUUGAUUCCUCCUACUACCUUAGCCGAGGAUCUCGCCAGUCACAAUUAUUUAGCACACCACGCAGUAUUUAAACCAGACAGCACCACUACGAGAUGCCGAGUUGUGUUUGAUGGCUCUGGGGAGGACUGCAAGGGAUAUUCACUCAAUUCACGACUACACAUUGGACCACCUAUUCAAAGGGAUUUACUUGGAGUCUGUUUACGGUUCCGACAGCAUCGUUAUGUGUUCUGUACAGACAUUGAGAAAAUGUUUAGAGGCAUCCUAGUUUCAGAAGAACACACGCAGUACCAACGUAUUGUCUGGCGAAAGGAGGAGACUGCUACACUUGAUCAUUACCGACUUCUGACCGUGACUUAUGGUUUAGCGUCUUCACCGUUUCUGGCUGUUAGAGUUCUCAAGCAAAUCGCUCAAGAUCAUGCCGAGUUGUAUCCGAAUGCUGCUGCGGUGUUGGUAAGGGACGCGUACGUGGAUGAUAUUCCUACGGGAUGCGAUAAUAUCAACGAACUCAUUGCACUCAAGGAUGAAUUGAUUUUGUUAUUGAGUCGAGCUCAAUUUAAACUUCGAAAGUGGAGUUCAAACUGUUGGCCACUACUACAAUCGCUGCCAAAGGACAUUUGUGAGUACCCCCUUGAAGCUCUAGAAGAAGAGAGCCCAGCUCAACAUGUGAAGGUUCUUGGAAUACGUUGGGACCCGGCUGCUGACAAUCUUUCCUUCAAGCUGACCAUUCCCGACGCCACAACUGCUCUGACAAAACGGAUUUUGCUGUCGGAGCUUGCCAAGAUCUACGAUCCCUUGGGUUUGCUUGCCCCCAGUACUGUAUUUCUAAAGGUUCUCUUUCAAGAUAGUUGGCUGAGCUCGGUCGAAUGGAACGAGCCACUACCGGUGCAGUUAUGUUCACGUUGGCAACAGUUUGUAGCAGAAGUUCAUUUAUUGGAAACGUGUCGCAUAUCUCGCUACAUAUCCUCACCACUUCAAGCAGCGGAGCUGCAUGGAUUUGCCGAUGCAUCUUCUCAUGCAUACGCCGCUGUUAUUUACAGUCGCGUGAAACUCAAUAAGGACUAUGUUGUCAGACUGAUCGCCGCAAAAACCCGUGUUGCGCCCAUCAAACCUGUAUCCAUUCCGCGGCUCGAAUUGAAUGCAGCCCAUCUUCUUUCAAAAUUGAUGUCUCUGGUUAAGCAAGCACUAACUAUUCCUAUUUCCAGUACCUCAUGUUGGUCUGACUCAGAAGUUGUGCUGCAUUGGCUCUCAUCGCCCCCUCGGACUUGGAACACUUAUGUUUGCAAUCGGACUGCUGAGAUUCUAGAUGCUUGUCCACGUAGUUGCUGGAAUCACAUUCGCACUGGGGAUAAUCCCGCGGACUGUGCAUCACGCGGACUUUUACCGAGGGAUCUUGUAGACCAUCAACUGUGGUGGAAUGGACCACCGUGGCUUUCACAAUCACGGCUCACUUGGCCACCUGCUAAGGCAAAGUUUGCACUGUCGACUGAGGAGGCUGCGCACAUGGAAGUUAAGGUCAUGCCUCAAGUUAAUCUACACAUUUCCGAUGAAGGAAAUGAUCUUCAAUGUAUGAUUAACAAGGCUUCCUCCUGGUCACAUCUCUUGCGGACAAUAAGCUACUGCUUUCGUUUUGUACACCGUCUUCGCUGCAAGGAACGCCUGUCAUCGUUUUUAUCAUCAUGGGAGCUUCAAUAUGCACGCUCUAGGAUAAUCAAACACGUUCAGAUGGAGUUCUUCCAAGUGGAGUACAAGCAGCUAAGCACUGGACGACCACUUUCUCAAAAAUCCAAACUGAUUCGCUACACUCCAUUUAUUGACGACCAAGGAACAAUGCGCGUAGGAGGACGCAUUGACAAUUCAAUGGCAACUUACGAGGCAAAACAUCCCAUACUUCUACCAAAGGAAUCACCAGUCGCUGUUUUAUUAGCUAGACACCAGCACGUCACAUCGCUACACGCUGGAGUUGAAUUUAUGUUCCACACUUUGAGACAGAAGUAUUGGAUUCUCGGUGCCCGCAACAUAGUCCGGAAAAUCGUAUUCAACUGCAAGAUUUGUUUCCUCCAGCGUAAAGGUACGAGCACACAACUCAUGGCUGAUCUUCCCGCUUUUCGGGUUCAGCCCACCCGCUGUUUUCUGCAUUCUGGAUUGGAUUACGCUGGACCAGUUAUUAUCAAGACAUCGCUUUCAAACGAUUCUGGUCUCGACGUGGCCCUAUAUCCGACUUAUACUCAGACAAUGGCACAACAUUCCACGGAGCCAGACGGGAAUUAACGGAAAUGCAACGGAUGGCUGUAUCUCAAAGUCAAGAUGAGGACAUUGCAAGUUUUCUGACGAGUCAGGAAAUCAACUG